CAACAAAAGUAUUGCAGAGCUACUCACAAACUCACUCUCAGCACGUGAAAUAAUUUGAAGCUUCUCAAUUCAUUUCACAUCACUUCUUAAUACGACACCGUAUGGCGUGAAGAAUCUGCUCCUCUCUUGCCCUAAAGCUGAGUUAAGGUUUAAACACACAAUAGCACCCUUUUGAUUUAUGUCUCUUUGUUCUGUUUUUGUCGGUUUGUGUAACCGAUCAACUCAAGCUAUUGGCUCCUUACUCCCUGAAAUUUGACUUCUCUAUUGGAUUUCACCAAAGUUUCUCUAUAUGAAGCGAUCUUUACCCUCACAAUUUCAUUAUAUUUGAACCACAAGAAAAAGAAAAAGUACAAGCGGUUGUGAUGGACGGUGGUUAUGAUCAAUCCGGUCACUCUAGAUACUUCCAUAACCUCUUUAGGCCUGAGCUUCAACACCAGCUUCAGCCACAGCCGCAGCCUCAACCCCAGCCUCAGCCUCAGCCUCAGCCUCAGUCUGAUGAUGAAUCUGACUCCAACAACAAGUAUCCGGGUCAACCUGAUUCCGACCAGGUUACCUCGGGCUCAACUUCCGGGAAGCGUCCACGUGGACGUCCUCCAGGGUCUAAGAACAAGCCGAAGCCACCGGUGAUAGUGACAAGAGAUAGCCCCAACGUGCUUAGAUCUCAUGUUCUUGAAGUCUCAUCUGGAGCCGACAUAAUUGAGAGCGUCAACAAUUAUGCUCGCCGGAGAGGGAGAGGUGUCUCCAUUCUCAGUGGUAACGGCACGGUGGCUAACCUCACUCUCCGGCAGCCGGUGACGACUCAUGGGAACAAUGGUGGAACUGAAGCCGGAGCCGGAGGAGUUGUGACUUUACGUGGAAGGUUUGAGAUUCUUUCCAUCACUGGUACGGUGCUUCCGCCGCCCGCGCCGCCGGGAUGCGGUGGUUUAUCUAUCUUUGUUGCUGGUGAACAAGGUCGGGUGAUCGGAGGAAGAGUGGUGGCUCCCCUUGUGGCUUCUGGUCCAGUGAUACUGAUGGCUGCAUCGUUCUCCAACGCAACUUUCGAAAGGCUUCCACUUGAAGAGGAGGGAGGUGAAGGUGGGGGAGACGUCGGAGGAGGAGUUCCACCGCCAGCCACUUCAGAAACAGCGCCGUCUGGAGUCGCUCAGGGAGAGCUAAGAGUUAAUAUGAGUGGUUAUGAUCAGUUUUCCGGCUGGGGAGCCGGAGCCGCUUCAAGACCAUCAUUUUAGAUUUGAAAUUUAUGUCCGUAAAUUCCCUGUAACCAAAAUUUCAAUUGAAAAUAAAUAAUGAUUUCAUGAUAAUGACAUUUUCAUUUUGGGUUCUUUUGGUUUUUAAUUUAGUUUAUCAUAAUAUAUGCAUAUAUGUUAUAUACAUAUAAACAUUUGGAUUCGUCUUUAGGUGUACUUCUCCAUCGACAAUUCUCUUCUUUUUAUGUUAAUCAUCAGGGUUCUGUGAUGAACCCAAUAUGUUAUUUGUUAUGUGCUUGAAUUCACAAAAAAAAAUGAUAAGAGAAGCCAAUUUUAUGAAUUUAAUCAGUUCACUCAUCAGUCGUCACCAGUAUAUAUUUGUCUCGUAUGCGCAAUCCCCAAUUUGGGAUAUGAAAGUUAACAAUUAAAUGCAUGUUACUAUAUAGAGUAUGUCAAGUCAUCUAAUGGAUCAAACAUCUUGUUCUUGUUCAUUUUCAUUUAUUUAGUUACCACAACUAAAAUCCUCAAUAUUGUAAUUUGGAAAUCUUAUGUAUAUAUUUUGUUAAAUACUCCAUGUAACUAAAGAGCCUUAUACAACCUUUUGAGCAUAUUGAAGGCCUUCAAAAGUUUAAAUCAAGUUUCUACUUAGGAACAUGAUUUGAUGAUAUGUUUUAACCAUCGUUAUUGGAUGGAAUCGCUAUCAAUCUUUCUUCGAUCUUAUCAGUCAAUCAUGAAAAUAACGCAUCAAAAUCUUACAAAAGUAACGCUUGAAACUUACGAAAAAAUUAAAUAUCAGUUAUAACAAUAAAAACAUAUAAAUACAAAAAAUAUGUAUCCGUUACAACGAUAUAAACAUAACAUAAGAGAUAGUUUCGACGGUUACAACGAUUCGAUUAAUGGUAGAAACACAAGAACAUUACAUGACCUGCCAAAAACCAAAACAAGAAAAACAUUUGGCUUUGAGUUUCAUCAGUUUCCCUUUAGAUGAGUAGGGAACUCUGCAACAUCAGCCAAUGGGUUUUGAGUACCAAGAUGUGUGAAAAUGAGGAGUACAUCAAGUUCCUAGGGAAGAUAUUUAGUGACAAUAUGAAAACAUGUAAUUUUUCUUAAGGAUCAUAUAAUAUAAAUAUACUUCCUCUUGUUCCUUUUAUAUGUCAUAUAAAUUUUUUCCAUAUGGAUUAAGAAAAUUAUUUAAUUUUUGGUUUACCUCUAAUUAAUAUAUUUUUAUUUGAUCUUUGUACUUAAUGAACUAAAAUAAUAGAGGUAAAAUUUAAAAACUAUUAAAUAAGUACAUUGAAAAUAUAUUAAACGAUAUUUAUAAUGAAACAAAAUUUAAAGUUUAAAAUGAUAACUAAUAUAAAACAUAGAGAGUAGUAGUAUUUAUAUGUAGGGAAAGAGUUUGCAUAAUCAAUGCAAUGUUCAAAUGUGGUGAAAUAUAUCUCCAAUAAAAUGGAGAUAAUUUUUUAUCUGCGUAAGAAUAUGAAUAUUUUUUACUUUGUUCUUUUUUUUGUCGAUAACAUGCAUUAUCAUACGAAUUUUCACAUAGUGACAUUAGCAUUACUAAUAUAAACUACUAGGCUAGGCUACACAUGUGGUCAAUUUCAACUUUACAUUAUAAGAUGAGAAUGAGAGUUGGAUACAACCGUUUCAUCAUAUAUGAAUAGUUGGCUUUUUAGGGCUUGAAGUAUUGAGAAUUCGAGGGUAUUGUAUUUGUACGUUGGGGACGGACCUUUUAGGAACAUGCAACAAAAGCCUUUAUCUUUUGAAGAUUUCAUGUGAUCGUGUCAUGUGCCUUACAUGCAAUUGGCGACACAAUACUGAAAACAGAAAAUUGGAUUUCUAACUUAUUUUGUUUAUUGAACUUUCUAUAUGAAUCUUUGUUCAGUAUGCGUUUGUCUAUAUACACUGAUAAAUAAACCGGGCUCUGAAAUUUUUGGAACUUUAAACGAUUUAAUAAAGACAUUAAUCAAUCCUUUUUUAAAUAAUUUGGGGUCUACGUUCAUAUGUGUUAAUUCAAAAAAAAGGUGAUCUAAGAGCAUUUGCAGUGAGCAAAGACUAAAACAAUUCUUACAAAAAAAAUGUUAUUUUAAACAUUUAAUUAUUAUUUUUAAUUGAUUCUACCAAUACAAAAUGCACACUUGUAGACUCAGUCUCUUAAGAUUGUGCACAAGUACCUUCAGCAAGAGACCGAUUCUUCUUUUCUCCUUCAUUUCUCUUUUAUCUCUCUUACUUUCUUAUUUUGCGUUAAUGAUUAAGUGGUGAGAGACUCUUUAAAAGACUCCUACUAAUGGUGUUCUAAGAACAUCUCUAAUCUCACUCUAUAAUUUACUUCAAAAUAAAAAAUAAAAUAAAGUGAGAAAUGGAAUGAUGAACAAAAAAUAAAAACAUUACUCUUUUUUUUCAAUGUUGGAUUUGUAUAUCAAAUGGAAAAAAGUUACGUAAUGAGAAAGAUGUUCUCCAUACAUGGAGAAAUCUAUCAAGAAACCAACUCUACAAAAAAGAAUUG